UUCAAGAAAUGGGACACCAAAUAAAAGACAUGCUUUUAGAGUGUUCGUUCGCGGGUGGAAAAUGUUACCCCGAAAAUUUUACCCACUUUUACUCAAACAAUUAUGGAAACUGCUACACACUGCAGCACGAAAAAUUUAUUUCGCGUACAAGCGGCCCCUCUGGCGGCUUAGAACUAGUCUUACACCUAGAAACGGAAGAGUACGUGCCUUACUUUACCACCAACAACGGAAUCAGGGUGGUGGUCCACGAACCAAACUCACUGCCAUUUCCAGAUGAAAAUGGACUCAGUGUGAUGCCUGGCACUAACACAUUUAUUGGCAUCAAACAGGUUAAUGUAACACGGCUACCUACCAAAUACGACAACUGCUCUAAUGACGACUACAACCAGAUUUACAACUUUGCUUACACGUUAUACACUUGUCAGAGUAUCUGUGAGUAUAACCGUAUCCGCGAUGAGUGCAACUGUUCCAGUAAUGCAAACAGAGAAAUUCAGAACGUUUUGAAGACGGAUAACGAUACACAUUGCAGAAACAACAAAACAGAUUGCGUAAGAACAAAACAUUUUGAACGAGAUACGUCACAAUGCGAUUGUAAAAACCCUUGCAAAGAGACGCUGUAUCAAGAAGUUAUCUCAUCAACCAAAUGGCCAACAGCAGAAUAUGCAACUGUAUUCUCUAUUCCGAUAUGCCAUGUGAAAAACUUAACUUGUGGAUUUGCCGGUGAAAAAUUAAUCCAAGAGUUUGUAAAGCUGAAUAUUUUUUAUCAAGACUUGAACCAUCAGGUGAUCGUGGAGAAAGCGGACUAUGAGAUUUACCAGUUGUUUUCUGACAUAGGAGGCACUCUUGGUUUGUGGAUCGGCAUUUCUGUGCUCGGCAUCUUUGAAGUCGUUCAUUUGAUCAUCCGUGUAGCUGUGUUUCUGAUUACAGGCCGAUGUGCUCAAACAAAACCUAAAUAGUGCGUUAUACCCUCAACUUGUACAGUGUUGUGAGAAAAUAUUGUUUUACAAAGAGUUGUAUUACAAAUCUUGUCCAAACAGGAUGAUAUUAUAUGAUGUUGAUUAAUCAAUUCAAUAUGUAAUACUUUUUAAAUGGAUAUUACGUUUUUUCAUAAUUGUUGACGAACUAUAAGGUAUUUCUCUAAUUAACUAUACGAUAUUGUUAAUUAACAAUCCACAAGCUCCGUGGGUAAAAUAAAAACAUGUAAAUGUAUUAUUUUAAAAUCAUCGCACAAACAUUUAAAAUAAUUCAACAUCAUAAUACUCGUAUUCCUUUUAAUUAACUAAAAAAACUGUAUGUAUAGUUGGAGGAUUUACAAAGCAUUAUCCAUAACCAAGUCACAAUCUUAAAUGUCAUAAAAUUAGGUGUCUUGGCGUAUUUGAUGCGUACCUGAUUCACCUUAAGGAAAGUAAGGUGGCUUGACAUAUUUGAUGGGUACCUGACUCACCUUAAGGAAAGUCUCUUAACAUAUUGCUGACCACUUUAUCCCUUCAUUUGCAAAUGUCAAAGAAACGUUCUUCACCUGUGCCAUUGACCGUUAGAUUACAAAAGGGUACUUAACUUAUAUUCAUAAAACUUGUAUGCAAGUAUACGUGAGUAUGUAAUUAACUUAAAUAUGUGUGUAAUAAUAUCUUAAUAAUCUAAAUUUAAACACAAACAAUUCUGUUUUAUGUUAUGUCUUAAGUAAGCUUUAAACAAAACUAAAACAAUAUUUAACAGACAAUAUUUACUUUUUAAUAACAAUUUGUCACUCUGAAAACACUUUAUUGUACGUUUGAAUUAGUUAAAUUUAAAUCAAAUCAUGUGUACACGUUGACGUAUUGCAGGUAUAUACUAAUACAUGGUUGUUAUGUAACCAUGUACAGUGGGGAACUAUGUGUUAAAUGUUGCCAAAGGCCGAAAGUCAUUCAAAUAAAACUUUAUUUAUUGUAUUGGUU